AUGCAAGACUUAGCAGAUAACAAAGUAACAGAAGAUGUCUUACGUUCACUCUGGUUAAAGCGACUACCAGCCAACGUUCAGUUCGUUCUGUCGGUCAAUGUAGAAAGCAGUCUCACGGCAGCAGCAAAUAUGGCUGAUCGGUUAAUCGAAAUCAAUCCAGUACAAAGUGUCAUGGCCACUAGUAAUGUUAAUGACAUUAUAGUACAUCCAAGUAAAUUUCCUGAUGAUCAACGCACAGAUAGACUGGAGAAAGCAGUACAAGCCUUACAAGAAGCGGUAAAAGAAAUCACCAACAGCAUGAGAAGUCAUGAGCGAACACCAAAUAACAGAGCACGAGCAAGACCUGAGUCUUUCCACCAAACAUUUGCACAGAAUAACAAAAUAUGUUUUUACCAUAAACGUUUUGGCACAAAUGCAAAUAAAUGUGAAGACGGGUGCACAUAUACACAAAAACAGGGAAACUAA